UGUCAAACAUUGAAAUUGGGUUUGUCGUGCACAAAAAUACUAAAUAUUUAUUUAUAUUGGUGUUUGUGAACGCUAAAAGAAAGAUUUUAUUAAUUAGCGAUGUCGGUGCCGCCACAGGCGUUUGUGAAUAAGCAUAAAAAGCAUUUCCUUGGCAUUCCAGCGCCGUUAGGUUAUGUAGCUGGUGUUGGAAGAGGGGCUACUGGUUUCACCACCCGAUCUGAUAUUGGCCCGGCCCGAGAUGCCAACGAUGUAUCCGAUGACCGCCACGCUCCACCGGCUGCCAAAAGGAAAAAAACUGAGGAAGAGGAUGAUGAUGAAGAUCUUAAUGACUCCAACUACGAUGAGUUCUCUGGAUACAGCGGAUCAUUGUUCUCAAAGGAUCCUUAUGACAAAGAUGAUGCUGAAGCGGAUGCAAUUUAUGAAUCCAUAGACAAACGCAUGGAUGAAAAACGAAAAGAAUACAGAGAGAAGCGUCUGAAAGAAGACUUGGAAAGAUAUCGUCAAGAGAGGCCCAAAAUCCAGCAGCAGUUUUCAGAUCUUAAACGAGAGUUAAAGCAAGUAUCUGAAGAUGAAUGGGCAGCCAUUCCAGAAGUCGGAGAUGCUCGUAACAGAAAACAAAGGAACCCUCGUGCUGAGAAGUUCACACCUUUACCUGACAGUGUGUUGUCAAGGAAUUUAGGAGGGGAGUCCACAUCGUCUAUUGAUCCUGGGUCUGGUCUGGCGUCUAUGAUGCCUGGUGUGAUGACUCCAGGAAUGUUAACACCAUCAGGUGAUCUGGAUCUCAGAAAGAUUGGUCAAGCCAGAAACACACUCAUGACUGUCAAACUGUCACAAGUGUCAGAUUCAGUCACUGGGCAGACUGUUGUAGAUCCCAAAGGCUACUUGACAGAUCUGCAGUCUAUGAUCCCUACGUAUGGUGGGGAUAUAAACGACAUCAAGAAAGCUAGAUUAUUGCUGAAGUCUGUAAGAGAGACUAAUCCGAACCAUCCGCCUGCUUGGGUAGCUAGUGCUAGAUUGGAAGAAGUCACAGGCAAGAUCCAGUCUGCCCGUAACCUAAUCAUGAAGGGCUGUGAAGUGAACCCAAGCAGCGAGGAGUUGUGGCUGGAAGCGGCUCGCUUGCAGCCGCCUGACACAGCUAGAGCCGUCAUAGCGCACGCGGCUAGGAACCUCCCACAUAGCGUCAGGAUAUGGGUGAAAGCUGCAGACCUGGAACAAGAAACUAAGGCAAAACGCCGCGUGUUCCGCAAAGCCUUAGAACACAUUCCCAACUCGGUCCGUCUCUGGAAAGCAGCCGUCGAGUUGGAGAACCCUGAAGACGCCAGGAUCCUACUAUCCCGAGCGGUGGAAUGUUGUCCCACUAGCGUUGAGCUGUGGCUCGCUCUGGCCAGGCUGGAGAGCUAUGAGAACGCAAGGAAGGUUCUCAACAAGGCCAGAGAGAAUAUACCCACGGACAGACAGAUCUGGGUGACUGCGGCUAAGUUGGAAGAGGCUCACGGCAACACUCACAUGGUGGAAAAGAUCAUAGAUCGUGCAAUCACGUCGCUCAGCGCGAACGGAGUGGAAAUCAAUCGCGAGCACUGGUUCAAAGAGGCAAUGGAAGCAGAGAAAUCAGGAGCGGUACACACAUGCCAGGCCAUCAUUCGUGCUGUUAUCGGUCAUGGAAUAGAGCCCGAAGACCAGAAACACACUUGGAUGGAAGAUGCUGAAGCUUGUGCAAACGAAGGAGCGUACGAGUGUGCACGAGCCGUAUACGGAUACGCUCUAUCAGUCUUCCCGUCUAAGAAGUCUAUCUGGCUCCGAGCCGCUUACCUCGAGAAGCAACACGGCACCAGAGCUAGCCUCGAAGCCUUGCUGCAGAGAGCCGUAGCCCACUGCCCCAAGUCCGAAGUGCUUUGGCUAAUGGGAGCCAAGUCCAAGUGGCUUGCUGGUGACGUGCCCGCGGCGCGUGGUAUCCUUUCGCUGGCUUUCCAGGCCAACCCCAACUCUGAGGAGAUCUGGCUCGCCGCCGUCAAGUUGGAGAGUGAGAAUAAGGAGUACGACAGAGCCAGACGGCUGCUGGCCAAAGCACGGGCUUCUGCUCCUACGCCUAGGGUAAUGAUAAAGUCUGCGAAACUAGAAUGGGCACUAAAUAAUCUCGAAGUAGCUCUAAAGUUAUUAGAAGAGGCUAUCAAAGUGUUCGGCGACUACGCGAAACUGCACAUGAUGAAAGGCCAGAUAGAGGAACAAAUGAACAAAGAUGAGGACGCGCAUAACACUUAUACACAGGGGCUGAAGAAAUGUGCAGCCAGCGUGCCAAUGUGGAUACUUUUGUCAAGGCUAGAAGAGAAAUUAAAACACGUCACUAAAGCGAGAUCAGUGCUUGAAAAGGCUAGAUUGAGGAAUCCAAAGAAUGCUGAAUUAUGGCUAGAGAGUGUAAGACUGGAAAGGCGGAACGGCAGCGUGGAGAUAGCGAACGCAGUCAUGGCCAAAGCUUUGCAAGAGUGCCCCAACGCCGGCCGACUGUGGGCCGAGGCCAUCUUCAUGGAGUCUCGGCCGCAGAGGAAGACUAAGAGCGUGGACGCGCUAAAGAAGUGCGAGCACGAUGCUCACGUGCUACUCGCGGUGUCUCAACUGUUCUGGACGGAGAGGAAGCUCAACAAGUGUCGGGAAUGGUUCAACAGAACGGUAAAAAUCGACCCGGACUUAGGCGACGCGUGGGCUUACUUCUACAAGUUCGAGUUACUACACGGCAACGAGCAACAGCAAGAAGAUGUCAAAUCUCGCUGCAAGACCGCCGAGCCUCACCACGGGGAGCGCUGGUGCGCCGUCUCCAAGGAUAUCGCCAGUUGGUGCUUUAGCACUGAACAGAUACUACUACUGGUGGCCAAGAGCCUGCCAGUGCCCACUUAAUCCGGUACUUUUAAUUUUUGAAUCUAGAACUGCGACCGUCAUUUGUUUCGUCAAUUUUUAAUGUUAAAUUACAAAUUGUGAUCGUCAUUUGUUUCUUCGGUUUGAAUUUAUAAAAAAGAAGACGGUUAU